UGUAUCGUAGUGUGAGGAGUAAUGGCAUGGAGUAUCAGUGGUCAAAACCGGUCAAAACAUUGGUCACUAUAAGAACUACAAACGAACCUACUGUUUUCGUCGCGUUUAACUUGUGCAUUGAACUAUUUGGGCAAACGGAGGACGCCAUGACGCGCGCGUGGGGACACAGUUUCUGAAACUGUCAAGAGCCGAUAUUUCCUUUUCAUUAACGGAAUACCUUAUUGGACAUGUGAGUUACCGGAGCUAUCGUCAGCAACCGUGCAAAAUGAAGUUUCUCCUGUGUCUUCGAUGUCUCCUCAUCUCCUUCGUGGUGUUCAGGCCGAGCACAGCACAGUCAGUUUGCCCUGGAACGGAGAACAAGUUGAGCACGUUGUCAGACCUGGACCAGCAGUACCGCACCCUGAAGAAGCAUUAUGAGAACUGUGAGGUGGUCAUGGGAAACCUGGAGAUCACCAGUAUCGACCGGAACCGCAACCUCUCCUUCCUCAAGUCUAUCCGAGAGGUGACAGGCUAUGUGCUGGUAGCUCUGAACCAGUUUGACUCCCUGCCCCUGGAGAACCUUCGCAUCGUGCGGGGCACCAAGCUUUACGAGGGACGCUACGCCCUGGCCAUCUUCCUCAACUACCGCCGCGACGGCUUCUACGGCCUCAGACAGCUGGGCCUUCGCAACCUCACAGAGAUCCUGAACGGAGGGGUUUAUGUUGACCAGAACAAGUUCCUGUGCCACGCCGACACCAUCCACUGGAGGGACAUCAUCAAGAACCCCCAAGCUGAGCUCUUGGUGGUACCAUCCAACAACAGUGGCCUUGGAUGCAAACGAUGUCAUCGCUCUUGUAACGGACGCUGCUGGGGGCAUCAGGACAACCAGUGCCAAAGCUUGACCAAGACUGUGUGUGCUGAGCAGUGUGACGGCCGUUGCUUCGGCCCCUACGUCAGUAACUGCUGCCACAGGGAGUGUGCUGGGGGCUGCUCGGGACCCAAGGACACAGACUGCUUCGCCUGCACCAACUUCAACGACAGCGGGGCGUGCGUGACCCAGUGCCCCCAGCCCUUUGUGUACAACCCCACCACCUUCCAGCUGGAAUCCAACCCACGGGCCAAGUACACCUAUGGAUCCUUCUGUGUGGAGAAGUGUCCCCAUAACUUUGUGGUGGACCACAGCUCCUGUGUGAGGGCUUGUCCCAGCAACAAGAUGGAAGUAGAGGAGAACCGCAUCAAGAUGUGCAUCCCCUGCACUGAUAUCUGUCCCAAAGUGUGUGACGGCAUAGGGACUGGCAGCCUGCAGACAGCCCAGACGGUGGAUGCCAGCAACAUAGAGAUGUUUGUCAACUGCACCAAGAUCAACGGCAACCUCAUCUUCCUCAUCACCGGCAUCAAAGGGGAUAUGUACCAUGGUAUAGGAGCCUUGGACCCGGAGCGGCUCAACGUUUUCCGCACAGUGAGAGAGAUCACAGGGUUCCUCAAUAUCCAGUCCUGGCCAGAGAACAUGACAGACCUCGGUGUCUUCUCCAAUCUGGCAACCAUCGGUGGGAGAUCACUGUACAGUGGGAUCUCUCUGCUGAUCCUGAAGCAGCGUUGGAUCUCCUCUCUCCAGUUCCAGUCUCUGGAUGAGAUCAGUGCGGGCAACGUGUACAUCACCAACAACAGCCGCCUGUGCUUCUACAACACCGUCAACUGGACCAGCCUGUUCCGCACCAGCAACCAGAAGGUGCUCAUCCGCAACAACCGCGCCCCCAGCGAGUGCACCCAACAGAGGAUGGUGUGUGACCGGCUGUGUUCUGAAGAUGGUUGCUGGGGUCCAGGGCCUAACCAGUGCCUCUCCUGUCGUUACUUUAGCCGAGGACGUUCCUGUGUGCCGUCCUGCAACCUCUAUGACGGAGAUGUGCGUGAGUUUACCAAUGGUUCAGUAUGUCUGGAGUGUGACAGCCAGUGUGAGAAAUCUCAGGACAAGACCAUGACCUGCCUUGGAACAGGUCCAGAUCAAUGUGUGACCUGCCUUCACUCCAAAGACGGGCCCAACUGUGUGGAAAAGUGCCCCGACGGCCUCCAAGGCACCAACAGCUUCAUCUUCAAAUACGCCGAGGCCAACAACGAGUGCCACCCCUGCCACGCCAACUGCACCCAGGGCUGCGUUGGGCCUCGGCUCCAAGACUGUGUUGGAAUGAUGGACAGGACGCCCCUCAUCGCGGCCGGGGUGAUCGGUGCUCUGUUUGUCAUCGUCAUCGUGGCGCUGAGCGUGGCGGUCUACGUGCGCCGUAAGAGCAUCAAGAAGAAGAGGGCUCUGCGCCGCUUCCUGGAGACAGAGUUGGUGGAGCCCCUGACCCCUAGCGGUACGGCCCCCAACCAGGCCCAGCUUCGUAUCCUCAAAGAGACAGAGCUAAAGAGGGUUAAGAUCCUCGGCUCGGGAGCCUUCGGCACCGUCCACAAGGGUAUCUGGGUCCCAGAGGGAGAGACAGUAAAGAUCCCAGUGGCCAUAAAGAUCCUGAACGAGGCUACGGGGCCCAAAGCAAACGUGGAGUUCAUGGACCUCUCUCUCUCCCUACCACCAUCCCAGGGUAUGAUGUAUCUGGAGGAGAGAAGGCUGGUCCACAGAGAUCUGGCAGCCCGUAAUGUUCUGGUCAAGUCCCCCAACCACAUCAAGAUCACUGACUUUGGCCUGGCCAGACUGCUGGACGUCGACGAGAAAGAGUAUAACGCUGAUGGGGGCAAGAUGCCCAUUAAGUGGAUGGCGUUGGAGUGUAUUCACUACAGGAAGUUCACACACCAGAGUGAUGUGUGGAGCUACGGUGUGACUAUCUGGGAGCUGAUGACUUUUGGAGGGAAGCCGUAUGACGGCAUCCCCACGCGGGAGAUCCCAGACAUCCUGGAGAAGGGCGAGCGUCUGCCUCAGCCUCCCAUCUGCACCAUAGACGUCUAUAUGGUCAUGGUUAAAUGCUGGAUGAUAGACGCAGACAGCAGGCCCAAGUUCAAGGAGCUGGCUGCAGAGUUGUGUAGGAUGGCCCGGGACCCCCAGAGAUACCUGGUCAUCCAGGGGGAUGACCGUAUGAAGCUGCCCAGCCCCAACGACAGUAAGUUCUUCCAGAGCCUGCUGGAUGAGGAGGAUGUGGAGGACUUUAUGGAUGCUGAGGAGUACCUGGUUCCCCAUCACUUUAACAUGCCUCCACUAUCAUACACAGCCAGGCUCCGCGUCGACUCCAACAGGAACCAGUUUGGGUACCGGGACGGUUCAGGCUCGACCCCUGAGGAGGGCCUGGCAUUGGGAGGGUCCCCGUCUUGUGUCUCCUCUCCAGAUCCUGCAGGCACGCAGGGGGCAGCCCUGGACGCCCUGGAGGACCAGCGCUGCAACGGCACGCUGCUCAAGAAGAAGACCCAGACAAGGCCCGGGGCAGAGGACAACAAUGGGCAGCGCUACAGUGCCGACCCUACCGUGUUCCUGGGGGACCGGGGUGUGGGACCCCCCACACCCCGGGGGGACACGGACGAGGACGGCUACAUGACCCCCAUGAAGGAUAAGACCUCGUCAGACUAUCUGAAACCGAUUGAGGAGAACCCAUUCGUGGCGCGGCGCAAGAACGGCGAGGUCCACGCCCUGGACAACCCAGCCUACCACAGCACACCCAACAGCCAGCCCAAGGGGGGCGAAGACGAGUACAUCAACGAGCCUCUCUACCUCAACACCUUCCACAACCCCGGAGACCUGGUCCUGAGAAAGAACGGUGGUCUCCCAUCGCUGAGUACAGCCUCAACUAUCAGUAUUGGCUCCUAUCCCCAACUCACCAUCCAGGCUGGCCUUCCUUACUACCCCGUUGUACCGACAGAGAGCUCCUCUUCUGGGCUGCAGGGAGGCUGCCAUCACCCACUGCCUGGUCACCACAUUCACAAGCUCCACAGUGUUGGUGUGAAACCUGGCCACUCGGCCCUAUCUGACAACUCACCACAACGGACUCACCUGGGCCUUCAGGGACACCAGUCCCACCUAAUCCAGUGUGGUGGUGGGCCCUCUGCCACCCAGGUUUACCACCCUGAAAGGUCAACUGUCAAGAAAGGUCCCAUCUCCAUGUCGGCGCCCGAGGACCAGAGAAGUGUUAUACCAGCCUACCAGGGGCACACCACCCACCCUGGCAGUGUACUGAAGCAGGGACAGGGGAACCAGGCGGGAGGCAAACCGGCAGGCAAGAAGCUCAAGGUGACCUUUGACAAUCCAGAGUACUGGCAGCACAGCCUGCCACCCAAGCCGUUGAACAGCGUUACAAACCAGGCGGGCAGCACCCUUGAGGCGGGAACCACCAAUGGCAAGUUGUUCUACAAACGGAACGGCUGCAUCAGGCCGGUGGUGGCCGAAAACCCCGAGUACCUAUCAGAGUUCUCGUCCAAUCUCAAGCCGGGCACAGUUCUGCCCCCUCCCCCGUACCGACAGAGGAACACAGUGGUAUAGAGGUGAGGUCCCAACCCAUCUUCCUCCAGCUCCUGGACCAGCCAGUACCCAGCCUUUUCCGGUUCCUCUGUCCCUUCCUCAGUACCUCAAACAGUCACGAGAGCCUCCCCAAAACCCCUCCCCACGACAUCCCACCAUCCAUCUCCUGCGCUAACUAGCUAACUAGCUAGCUUUCUCCAGAGAAGGAGCUUGCAGACCCUACUCAGAGUGCCACCAACCAACACACUACCAGGCUCCACCUCCGUAUCUCCACUCUAGCCCCUAACUGGUACAGUAACAACCGUAAAACGGCUCUGGGUAAAGACCAGGCCAUGUUAACCUCUGACGCUGUAUAUAAGCUGGCAGCGGUGGUGGUGUUUGUGAAAGGAGCAUCAAGGAACCACGCAAUAUGGAGAUAGUAUGACCAUAUGUACUGUUCUCUACACAGACAGGGAUGGUGUCAGGACUCUCAGGACGGUACGAGGGAACCACGAUGAGGAACGCAGACGGAACAGAUGAAGUGUGUCGAAAAAGAGAUGUUAUACAGAGCACAGUGUUUUACAUGACUGUUGUUGUGACAAAAUGAACUGGAGAGAGAGAGAGAUGGAAAGACAACCAACCACUACUGUAUGUUGAAAUGUUCCUCACAAAGGAGCUACAUAUUGUAGAUAUUGCAUCACCAUCACUUCAGUGUUACUCACCUCUUACAGUAUUUACGGUAACUAACUCUGUUGUGACCAAGCCCUGUACCAUUUUCAACAUGUUUUAUUUAAUGUUUACUCUAUUUAAUUUUCACAAUUAUUUAUAUAAUGUGUUAAAAACAACAACUACGUACCUGUAUGUACAACGCAGGCCAUCCAUUGGAUCAUUUUUGGGGGUGUGGCGUUCACAGUUACGUUGUUCACUUGAACGCUCUUAUCACGUCUAAACUACUGUAAACCACGUGGGUAGCUUAACUUGAAAGAGCUUAUCACGUCUAUACUACUGUAAACCAUGUGGGUAGCUUAUCUUGAAGGCCCUUAUCACAUCUAAAACUACUGUAAACCAUGUGGGUAGCUUAUCUUGAAGGCUCUUAUCACAUCUAAAACUACUGUAAACCAUGUGGGUAGCUUAUCUUGAAGGCUCUUAUCACAUCUAAAACUACUGUAAACCAUGUGGGUAGCUUAUCUUGAAGGCUCUCAUCACAUCUAAAACUACUGUAAACCAUGUGGGUAGCUUAUCUUGAAGGCUCUCAUCACAUCUAAAACUACUGUAAACCAUGUGGGUAGCUUAUCUUGAAGGCUCUCAUCACAUCUAAAACUACUGUAAACCAUGUGGGUAGCUUAUCUUGAAGGCUCUCAUCACAUCUAAAACUACUGUAAACCAUGUGGGUAGCUUAUCUUGAAGGCUCUUAUCACAUCUAAAACUACUGUAAACCAUGUGGGUAGCUUAUCUUGAAGGCUCUCAUCACAUCUAAAACUACUGUAAACCAUGUGGGUAGCUUAUCUUGAAGGCUCUUAUCACAUCUAAAACUACUGUAAACCAUGUGGGUAGCUUAUCUUGAAGGCUCUCAUCACAUCUAAAACUACUGUAAACCAUGUGGGUAGCUUAUCUUGAAGGCUCUUAUCACAUCUAAAACUACUGUAAACCAUGUGGGUAGCUUAUCUUGAAGGCUCUUAUCACAUCUAAAACUACUGUAAACCAUGUGGGUAGCUUAUCUUGAAGGCUCUUAUCACAUCUAAAACUACUGUAAACCAUGUGGGUAGCUUAUCUUGAAGGCUCUUAUCACAUCUAAAACUACUGUAAACCAUGUGGGUAGCUUAUCUUGAAGGCUCUUAUCACAUCUAAAACUACUGUAAACCAUGUGGGUAGCUUAUCUUGAAGGCUCUUAUCACAUCUAAAACUACUGUAAACCAUGUGGGUAGCUUAACAAAUAACUUUCUAAAAGUUCCUUUAUCACUGGCUUCAACGGAAUGACAUAGGAUUUUUUCUCAAAAAUGUCUCGGAAGAGAUUCGUCACUGCGAGGAAAUUAGGUUAUGCAGAUUGUGGCCUGACACAGGGACACAGAGUUUGUAGUAAGGGUUUGCAAUGCAAAUGAGAGGAUAAUGAGGAGGACUGCUGUAGCAUGAAAAAUAGUCUCCUUUAUAACUCGCUACGGUGGCUGAGACACAUAGAGAGGAGGAAGAGGGUGUCCUUUCUAGUGGAGGCCUGGAUGAAUGGAUGAGAGACAGAUUCCAUAU